AUCUGUAUCUGUAUCAUUCUUGUGCAAAGACGUCACAUACAUUGUGGUUCGCGAUUUCGUGAUUUUACUAUCACGCCAACAAAACAAAAUAAUUAAAACUGCACAUUUGUUUUGGAAGAUAUUGAAAUAUAUGGACUGGAUUACAGUGUAGUGACAAUGGUUUAGUGAUAUACAAAUUCUGUGUUGAAAGCAGUAAUUACCUGAUGAGAUUACCGUUUCUGUGACGUGAAAGAAUCCAUAUGUUGAAUCACCUCCUAAUUAUGGGAAGUGCAGAGGGACAACACGAAAAACAAAACAUACCAAUGGACUCCGAGAAAAAAUCACUUAAAAAUCUACUGAAGAAACCAUUCCAGGUUCUAUUCCAAAAGGAAAAGAAGAAAGAAAAGAAACAAGAGAUAAAAGAAAGCAAACCGAUUGAAGUGACACCUGUGACCACACUCUUGGAUAAAUUAGAGAAACUAGACAUCAAAGAAGAUGAUGAACUAGCAAACUUCACCUAUAAAGUUGUGAAAGAUGAAGACAGAACUCCCGUACGAACUGAUUCUCACUCCUCAGAAGAUAGUGGUUAUUCAGAAAAGGCACAGGAAGAUAAAGAAGAUGAGUUGAUAGAAUCGUUGAAAGAUUUGAAAGUAACUAAAGACGAUGACGAGAUACAGAAAGAAGACGAAGAGAAAAAAAAGAAGAAAGUACAGACUGUGUACGUUAGCAGAGGACCGACGAAAACCAAAGUUGUGGAUAGCAGAACUUCAUUACACCCGUAUGGUACCCAGAUUCAAGUAAAUAAACAGACCUUAUCAGGCGGUCAUGUAAUAACAAAAUGUGCACUAUCAGAAUACCAACCGGAUAUAACAACCGUAUUGAAACAAAUAGACAAAGAUGUCCAGAAUUUCCAACAGAACUCGGAACAGGAUCGAGAAAGGGACUGGCUGGUUGCUAUGGAAUUUCUCGCGAAAACAGAAAAGACAAACAUACUACAAGGUUUCCCUGAAGAUGAGAUAAUCCAAGAAUUCGACGUGAUUCAAUCUUACCCAACAAAAGAGCCGGAACCAAAUCCUAUAGAAGAAUUCUCAACAGCUGAUCAUACUGCAUACGAAGAGUUUACGGACCUAGAAUUAGCUUCUAUAUCAGAUUAUGUAGAGGAUAAUACUAGAAAUGACAAAUCAAUAUUCCCAACACCUCCUCGUUCAGAAAGUAUGACCAGUCCCAUCUCAGAUGCAUAUAAUAUACUAUCACCAGAACUUUCGUCACCAUUAUACAAUAGUGAUCACGAGAAAUAUCAAGAUUUAUACGAAGUGAAUGAUUUCCCCAAAUGUGUGACCAGUCAUGAUUUUGAUAGAACGAAGAAGGAAAGAAUAUCAACUUCUUCGAUGACUAUGAAGCAGUAUAAGGAUUUACAGAAGGAUAUAUCUUUGGGUUUCUCGAAGAAGAUUUGCUGCCAGAGUAAUAGGAAGAGUUGUAGACAGAUGUUUUUUGAACAUAUUGAGAAGUUGACGAAAGAUGUAAGGAAGAAUUUGUCCGUAAAAGUGGCCAAUUUGGAUUUGAACACGGCGUAUGGGGUACUACACCAUAUCCUGCUGAGUCUCUCCUCUGGCGACAAAGAGGAGGACCUCCAGAUGUCCCUUUUCAGUCUCAUCUGUGAAAGGGUCAUGGCCCAAAAGUCUGUGCUGUUCCUCAGUGAUUUUGGUCUUAGCCUCAUCAAGGUAGCAGCGCUGCGCUGCUACAAGCGUCCCUUACUUAUAAGAUAUUUGGUGCAAUGUGCUCGUACAGCACUGAAACACAACACGCCCCCGCCCGGGACUGAAUAUCUGUUCCAUGAGGUGGAUGCUUUAGGUGAUAAUUUGCUGAUAGCUUGUGUACGAGCUGGAGAUAUCUGUGCUGAUGUUCUCUUUGAAUUAGUGAUGAGAGGAGAUGGUGAUAUGCCGCUGUUUGAUGUACACCAUACUAAUACUGAUGGCUACACGGCGUUGCAUGUAGCUUGUACUCUGCACAGCGCUGAUUCACCCAGACUUCAUUCAGCGCACGUUUUGUUGCAACACGGCGGGGCUGAUGUAUGGAAAGGGGAUGUAAAAGGAGGUGACACAGCGGUACAUUUAGCUGUGAACUCCGCGACGUGCGAUAUCCGUCUGCUAAUGGUCAUAUUCAGACAGAUUGAUAGGAAAAUGUGGAAGAAACUUGCCCACGCGCAGAAUAGAAGUUCGGUGACACCCCUGGAAUAUGCCAGAUCUGCUAUCAAAUCAACAACCAGACAGAACUACCCUCAGGAAGUGCUGGAAUUCUUGAAGAAAUGCCGUUAAAAUAUAGUUUAUAUAUAUAUUAGCUUUCGCCCGCGACUGCGUCCGCGUGAAACUAAAAAAUAAUAAAAAUA